CUUCUUUUCUUUUCUUAGAACGGAUCUCUUUAGACCAGGCUGGCUUCAAACACUCAUCCAUCUGCCACUGACUGGGCAUAUAGUACCACGUAUGUUGGCAUUUUCAGUCACCUUUUAAUGGACAGGAUUGUCCUUUGAGAUAGCACAAAUAUUAUGUGUUAAGGAAUAUGCUUUUCUUAGACUUGUAACAGAUCCAUAAAAUCUCAAUUAACUUUUGAUUAACAAUAUUUUGUGUUUCAAUGGGUCUUAUGAUAUUUUUUGGAGCCAUAAGCUAUUUUCAUUUCUAUUUAUAUAGAAAACAAUGAGGCAAAUAAUGCCCUGCAAAUUUACUUAAGGAGAUGGAAAACUCUAUUUUUCAAACUGAAAAAAGCAAAUUUGAGUCGUAAACAAACACACAAGCCACAUUGAUGUAAAACCCACAAAGCAUUUGCUAAAUAGCAUCUUUUUGUUUUUUAUAAUCAGAGUCAAUCUAUUUUCUAUUGCUGACAUGAGGAGGUGGAAGUGAAGUCUCCAGGCAGCCUCAGGGACGUGGGCCUUGCUCGCACCUUCGCGCUUUCCUCCCCAGGCUGGUCUGGACCUGGUCUGGAGAGGAGGUGUAUUUGCUCCUUAGCCGUGACAUGUCAUACACUGAGAUGCGAGAAUUCUCUGAAUCUCUAGAUGCUGUGGGUACAGAUUACAGCAAUUCUAUCUUGUCUCAGAAUCAUGCUUGUCCCAUUCUCAGUCACACAUAAAACACGGUGGAUGGCGAGGACUUAUAGUCACCCAGGACCUUCUGGCCAGGCUCCUUAUAUCACCAUGUGCCUGCCUGGACCAUGUUGGGCUGGUGCAUUCUCUAUGGCUAGCUUCUGUUGUGGGCUCCAUCUUGAAAGGAAGGUGUGAGCCACAUCUGUUCCUUUUCUCCUACCUUCAGAGUCCUUUAGACUUGGCAACUGUUUCAUGUGCUCUCUCCCUCUUGCUCAUGCGCUGGGACCCAGCUAGGAAUGCCCAGUGACAAUCUCUCCAGUAUCUGUGCUCCAUUUCUCAUUUACUACUGCUUUUUCUCAAACACAGGGAGCUGUGAUCUCUUUCUGAAUUGGAAAAAGUCCCCUUGUGUCUUAGGGUUACCAUUGCUGUGAAGAGACAACAUGAACAACACAACUCUUGUAAAGACAAACAUUUAAUGGGGACUGGCUUACAGGUUCAGAAGUUUAGUCCAUUAUCACUAUAGUAGGAAGCUCAGCAGUGUGCAGGCAGACAUGGUGCUGGGGAAGGAGCUGAGAGUUCUACAUCUUGAUCUGAAGACAUCCAGGAGAAGACUGGCUUCCAGGCAGCUAGAAGGAGGGUCUCAAACUCUAUGUUAAAAGUGACAUACUAGCUGGGCGUGGUGGCGCACGCCUUUAAUCCCAGCACUUGGGAGGCAGAGUCAAGCGGAUUUCUGAGUUCGAGGCCAGCCUGGUCUACAAAGUGAGUUCCAGGACAGCCAGGGCUAUACAGAGAAACCCUGUCUCGAAAAAACAAAAAACAAAAAAACAAAACAAAACAAAAAAAGGUAACAUUCUUCCUCCAACAAGGCCACACCUCCUAAUAGUGCCACUCCCUAGGCCAAGCACACUCAAACCACUAUAUGCCCUAACCAUGCCUUGGUUUCUCUUUUUUGUAAAUGUCAAUUUCACACAGACUUUAUAGUCAAAAUUCUUUAUACCACUGAGUCCUGAUACUCAAAAUCCAGGGUUUCAGACUUAAACAAAAAUAGGUUUUUUUCUCCUAACUACUGCUAUUACUUUAGAUUUCACAAGCCCAUUUUAAAAUUUUAAAGUCGCUUAGCAGUGGUGGCACACACUUUUAAUCCCAACACUUGUGAGGCAAAGAUAGGCAGAUCUCAGUGAGUUCGAGGCCAGCCUGAUCUACAGGGGAUGUCCCAAGACUGCCAAGGCUAAUCAGAGAAACCCUGUCUCAUCUCCCCCUAACUCCCCUCUCCCACAAAAGCCCCUAACCAACCAAUCAAAAACCUCGAAAGUCAUAUGCAAAUCAUUUUAUCUGUGGCUUUCCUGAAUAAUAGCCUUCUCCCAAAGCCAUAGAUGCCAAAGCCUGAUUUGAAUGAAAGGAUACAUGGGAUAGAAAAACAUAGCAGAGACAAACAAAACACUUCCCGACAUAGCAAAACGUUGGUUCACCACAGAUGGGAGCUGCCUCCCACCUAGCCUUUGAUCUAGUUUCUCGUUGAUUUCCAAACUUACUUUAUUUUCUACUUAAUGAUGCGAGAGAUUGACAAAUGGACAAUGGCCAGCCCACAUAUGGCGAUAGGACUCAUACUGACAGGCUGCAGCAAAAGCCAGCGCAGCCAAGCCACUAUCUCUGGCUGCUAGCAGAAUGGUUCAGACUUGGUCAAUGCCUGGCAGCUUUCCAGUUCCUAACCAAUCCCCUUCUAGCUCAUAGCAAACCAGGACAGGCCAAAUAUGCUCUCUAAAGUGAUCCUAUACUAUCCCUUGCUUCCACUCAGCCAGUUCUUCAGUUAGCUUGCCUGCAGCCUUCCCCUGGGAGCAGCCUUCAAUCAGAGCACACCUGGAGCCUUUCUUUCUCUUUUUUUUCCUCUUCCCACUAUGAAGCCUUCCCACUCCCAUGCCUGCCUUUGACUCUCUGCCAAGUCCAAGUGAUGGUGGCUGACUCCCUUGCUCUAAAUAAAUAGCCUUUGUUCUCGUUUGGGUGGUCUUCACUUGUAUCCCUGUGCCUACUACACAGAAAGCCACACAUUCAGCUGUGUGCUUCGAUGGCUGAGAUUAACUAUCUUUAUUUUUUAUUUUUAUUUUUUUAAUUUUUUUUGCACAGAGACAUUUGGAGUAAAUAAGUACUUUGAUUCCCGCUUUGAUGAAUAAGAAUUAAAAAUUAUAACUCCAAAUCACUUUGUCCUUGAGUUUAUAGGUUCUGUCAUGCUUGUCUCAGAUGGGUACAACUAUAAUAUUCUCAAAGGUAUAUCUGAAAUUCUCAUCUUUGCAAAUUAAAAUUAAUAUGCUUUAACAAGUUAGUAUCCAGAGGGACACUAUUAUGCAUUAAUUUGGAAAUGAAGGAUGUCUUUUAUUACAUAGACAAUUGUUCCCCAUGUGUCAGUUUCUUUUGGUUGUCAUAUAACAGUAUUAGUAUGUACAGAUAAACCAGAGGCCUUAGGGAAAUAGUAAUAGCCUUUAGAAGAGCAAAUUACACAGUUUUGUAUACAGAAAGCUGUGGGUUACUUCCAAGUUACUGAAAUGCACAGUUUGUGGUCAUCACAGCACUAUUUUGAAAUAUCAAUUACAAUGUGCGUUUCACAAAUGAAGAACUGAUCAGUAAACUAGAAUGAUGUAUUUGAGGCCCCUCCCCUGCCAGAGAGAUGAGGCCCCUUGUUCUACUGUAAAGUACAUCACGUUUGCACAAAGCUGAUCUGAGACAGGUAACUUCUUACACACCAGUGAAGAAGGGAAGCCCAUCCUGUCUCUUCUGGCUAGAGGGUGGCCUUCACUUGGAGUGGCCAAGGAUAUGCAGUGCUCCUGCAGCAGCAGGAGGAGGGUCCCCACUCAAGGCUGUGACCAUUUGGGCUCUCUUGGUGUUUGGUGGCUAAGCUUAUGGCCAGUUGUGCUACAGACACAAAACAGAAGUGGAAGGAAUCUGGUCUUCCCAGGCACGGCGGAAUGCCUUUGCACUGGACAUCUGUCCAGCCACCCUGCCUUUCAAAUCUCCUUCUUUUACCAUGCUCUGCAGCCUCACUACAAUCUUGUAUGGGUUGCUCUCUCCCACCUCUGAAGCACUCUCCUCCACCUGGCUCCACCCCUGCUGAGCACCUGUCCUUCAGCUCCUCUAAAAUCCUUACUCCAGCACUUUCCUUUGGAGUCCAGGCUCUGUGCAUGGACAGGUCCUUCUCAUUUUUUCCUGAUACAAGUCCAGACUUUCCACACAGAGGCUUUUGUGUUUUAAAGUUGACUUACAACCACUACACUUUGCACCUAAGAGGCAGAUGUAGGAGGAUUGCUACAGAUUAGAGGAAAAUUUAGAUGAGCUACCAAAAUGAGGGUAAAAAAUCCUGUCUCAAAAAUAACUGAUCUGAAAAACAAACCAAAACAAAACCAAAAAACCAAAACAAACCAACCAAACAAACAAAAAACUGGGCUGGAGAGAUGGCUCAUUGAUUAAGAGCACUGGCUGCUUUUUCCACAGGAUCCACGUUCAAUUCCCAGCACCCACAUGGCAGCUCACAAGUAUCUGUAACUCCAGUUCCAGGGGAUCUGAUACCCUCAUGGCAAUGCAUAUAAAAAUAAAAUUAAAUAAAUUAUUAAAAGUAACUAAUUCACCAACCAGCCAAUAAAAUAACAUCAUUCGCUUUGUUAUUUGGUUGCUGGUUUUCUUUCAGACUCUAAAGUUUGUGAGGAUGGGGCAUGAUGUCACACACUAUAAACCUAGCCCCAGUGAUGCUGAGGAAGGAGAAUCUUAAGUCUAAGGCUUGCCUAGGCUACAAAGCAAGAUUGUCACAAAAGAAAUGAACAACAAAACGAAGAACCAAACAUUGUGAGGCGUGUGCUGGUGCCAGGAACUCAGAACAGUGCAGGAAAUAACAUUUGUUUAUUGAGUUAAUGAGUAAAAUAAUAAACCUAGACAGGAACCCACUCUCAAGAAAAACGAAACAAAAGCAAAAAGGCAAACAACCACUUCAACAAAACCCAUGAAGAAACAGAUGCAAAGGAGGCCCAGGGCAGAGUUUCUGCGUGAUUUCAGGGGGUCACAGAUACCCAAGAGUGCCUCUUGCAUGGGUAAAGCCACACACCAACUAGAACUGUGCCGUUUCUAGAAUCUAUUCUUGAAUUUCACUCUAGAAUUUUGAUCUUUUCAGUUAAACACAAUCUUGAAUUCUGAAAUAUAUUUAUAUUAAAAAGACCAGUCAUCAGACAUUUGGUCUUGAUGUUUAUUCUGGCAGACCCUAACAACCACGUUUCAAUGAACUGAAGACGUGUUUGUGAUGCCAAGACUAAAUGUUCGUCUCCAUUUCUCCUAUCCUGUGCAGGACUUGGAAGGUUUAUACUGCCUAGCUUCCCUAUGGGUUGGUCAGAUCUCUAGGACUGACUCUAGGCAAUAUAUAUGUCCCCAAACCUCCAUCUUCCCUACAGUGACUGUGCAUAUGUGAAGUACAUCCCAAGCCAUCACAUAGAGGAUAAGUGCUAAAGAGAUCCAUAAUGAUCCUUAGCUGACUUUGUUGGACAUUUUUGUUGUUUUAAGCCUCUGGGAUUUUCCUAAGAAUGGUUGCUUCUGCCUAACUCAAGGAAAUCUAAUGCCCUGUUGAUUGGUGAAUAUGUUAGUUAGAUUAUGUACCAUUGGCAAGAAAUGGAUACCACUUAAAGAAGUAAGAAUUCAAGGUAAAGAUGUUAUUUUAAUCUGUGAAAAUAUGAGCCUUAGAUAAGGUAAAAUGUAGAUUGUUACAGGAAUUUACCAAAUCAGAUUAGCAUAAACUUAAAAACUCCAGAGAUGGAAUUGGAAAGAAGUUAUAAGUCCACAUUUCAGUAAUUCUUAGCAACUUGCAUAAGAUUCAGCUUUCUUAUGUGAUCUGGAGAUAACUAAAGAAGCUUCACGGGAUGUUAUGAAUAUUAAGUGAGACAAUUCCUAUCAUGUGUUCAACAUUAUAAUUAUAUUUUAAUCCUCACCUUUAGCUAGAGCACAGAACUUGUUCAAGAUGAACACUCAUUUCAAAUACUACACAGAAAAACCUUUCAAGAUGGUUUUAGGCUACAUUAAUCAAUUCUGGGUGAUAGCCAAUACAUCCAUAGAAGACCACUCUGGGGUCUUCCCAUUGCUCUCUGAUGUUUUUUUCCAGGUGAAGCAGGCCCAGAUUAAGAUCAAGAAGAACUCUAAAGAAGGGAGAACUCAAAAAGGUAACUGAGGAAUAUACAAAAGCUUGGCCCUGUGCCUAUCUUGGUGAUUGGCAGGGCUAAUGAGGGAGAGAAAUGAAGACUAAUUGUAUACCAGGAGGUUGGGCAUUGUGUGUCGGGUGGAGGAAGGAAGGAGUCUUCAAAAACAUAUUUAUGUUAUUGUUUCUACCCAGAGUUACACGUUUACAAAGUAUCCAGGGACCAUGAUCUGACUCAAGAUUCUAAGUGCAUAAAGCAUCAACUCUUGGUGUAACUAGCUGCCUUCUAUGGUACAUUUGGGAAAGCACAGAUUCAAGAACAUGUAGCAAUUGCAAUUCCAAAGUUCAGGUCAGGUUAACGUUUUUUUCUCAGAUAUACUUUCUGAGUUUCCAAUGUCAGUAAAGAUCUACUUCAUGGGUUCUGGUCCAAUCGUUUUACCUCAGUCUUGUAGAGGGCAGGAAGGCACAGGUGGCUGAUCAAUGUCACUAUUUUCAUUAGACUCCUGGGCUGUUUCUUUAAAGUUACUCCCUUUGAAAGAAGUGCAGCUGUUUCUAAAUAUAAAUCUGUGCUAUAGUUUACCUUUUCUGUUUAUUUGUUUCUUAACUUGUGAAACUGUAUCUAAGACAGGGGGGUAUACAACUUGUUACUUGAUAUCAGCUGAACAACAGUGAGUCAAUUGUGACAGCUCUGGCCCCAAAGGAAACAGAGAAGAUGUAAAUGUUUCCAAGAGACAAAGGCUUCUUAUUGCAUAGUUUAUUUUACAACAUGAGUCUGUAGUUUUACAAAGUAAGGGGGAAAAAGUUUUCCUACCACUUUUUUUUUUUUUUUUUUUUUUUUUUUUUAGCUAAACACCAAGAGGACAGAACAGAAAAAAACAAGCCUACCAACAAUAGGAUGAUGGAGACACCCUCUAUAUAUAGUGUAACCAUACAUACUAUGAAUGGUGUAACCAUAUAUAAGGAUCACAUUCCUUAGUGAUGGGGAGGAGUCCGGGCUUCUCUCAGCCUCCUUAACUACUGGGUCGCUGGAGGUUUACCAACGUCUUCUGCAAAUACAUAUGACCCAGCCAGAGGACUUGGGGCUCUGAAGCUGGAUGCACAUCUCCUUGGUUUUCAUCUACCCCUUUUCUUAAAUCCUUGACACGACCCCCUGGCUUUUCACUAUGACCCCUAAAAGGCAAAAGCUGGCUUUUAGAAGUUCCCACAGGCCUUCUGCAUGGCUUCGGGUACACAGGUACUUUCCCUCGCACCCCCAGCACACGAAAGAGAAGAUGCUUUCCAGGGUACCCUCCCAAAUAUUUGUACGAAACACAUUAUGCUAAAAUGCAAAAACAGGCCUCAUAGGGUUGUUCAGCCCUGCAGAGUACGCUCCCAGAUAUCUGUAAUUCUAUGCUUAAAGAGACAAAACCAUGCUAAAAUGCAAAUUAGGCAAGGCAACACUCAGAAUGAACCCCACUUGAUAGGCCGAACUGAGAUUUUAAUGAAAAGCUUACUCAUACCCCCACACCGAAUUCAUUCUAUCUCUUAAGGACUUAAAAAUGUGUAAUUUUAAAUUCCACCACUGUCAUAAUGAACACUCCGUAAUAACAAGCCGGGGAACAAUGGACACCCCCAUAUCACAUUGUGUCAGGUAAUUACAAAGUGGAGCGGCGCGGGAAAGCUGAACUGGGAACGUCUAGGUGUCGUUCCUUUGCAGUGUGUGUAGGAGAUUUUCAGAGCUGUGUGUUGUCUCUGGAGCCUCAUCAAACGGUUCACGCUGAUACCUCAACCCAAAAGACAGGGACAGGCGCAGCCGACCUUGGUCCAGGGCGUGGACAGAGGCGGCCCAAGAGGAAACACGUGAGCGCAUGGAGGAUGAGCUGGGCUUUGGAACCAGCAGAUGCGAGUCUGGUGGAAGAGUGUGGAACCUGAUGGAGAGGAGAGGGUCCUGUCGUGCGUGGCGAGGGCGUGGGGCUUCUGGGGGGAGGGAUCCUGAGCGCACAACAGUACCCACUAAGCCCAACCCUUCCCAUUAAGCACAGGGCACGGUGAGGGUGCAAGCCGGGUCACCGGGUAAAGAUGCUACUUUGUAACAGAGCAUAAGCUUGCGUUUGGGGCAGAGGGGGAAGGGAGACAGAAAGAGAAAGAAAAUCAGGGAGCUGGAGGCUGAGUUGUCCUACUUCGAAGUCCUUCUCAGGAAGGCAAAAGCUUCCUGGCAAACAGUCUGACGGCGCGCUGUGCUGGAGACCCCUCUAAGCGACAUUCAGCCUCCACACAGCCUGCCGUAGUCUUCGGAGCAGGACACUGGUGCCUGAGCGGUGGGUCCGGUCUGUGUUUCCCUCCGCUCCCGGGCGCUGCAACCCCGGAGCCGAGUUCUCGCUCUGCCUUCAGGUCCCUGCGCCCUUUCAGCGCUCCACCUCCACCCUUCACCCCGCUAUGUUUUGCCUCAGCGGCCUCUAGGUCAUCCUCAGAAGCCAACUCUGAGCCCACCGGAGCCCACGUCACGGAGCUCGGGAGCAGGAGGGGUCGUCGCGGGGAGGUGGCGGCUCCGAGUAGGGCCGGUGCCCGCCGCCCAGGAGCAGGCGGCCGCCAGCAGCCCCCGGAGCCGCGCAGCAUCCGCGUCUACAACGACCGGGAAGCCACGCCCGCUCGCGAGCGGGGGGCUGGCCUUGUCCCCCCCACCCCCAGCCUCCCCUCCCUCGGACCCCUCCCCGCUCAGUCCCUCCCUCCGCCCGCGGCUCGGCUCGCGGGAGGCGCUGGGCGCCGGGGCUGGCGCGCUCUCCCGGGCGCACACACAGAUCCACGCACGCACGCCCAGAGCAGCUGUCUCCGCCGUGGCCGGCGCUCCUCUCGCCCAUGCGGACAGACAGAGCUCAGGAAGAUGGCUGACGACUCCUUCGGGCCCCGAGGAUGCAGCCCGGCGGCGGCGGGAGCGGGAGCGGCGGCGGCGGCACCGGCAGCGGCGGCAGCAGGAGCGGCGGCGGCGACGGUAGGAGCGGCGGCGGCGGCAUCCCCGAGACUCCCCGGGCUACCCUUCCCCGUGACGGCCACUGACGGUCUCCGCCGCUAGAAGAGACCCCGCUCCUCCCUCGCCUGUUCCACCCCCACCCCCAGCCCCGGACCCGCUAGCACCGCUACCUCCGCCAGCGUUGCCACCAUCAGCACCACCUCCACCUCCGCCACCGCCACCGCCACCACCACCACCGCCGGCGGCGGCAGCAGCCAUUUCAUCUCCACAGAAACCAGACACAAAAACAUGGCAGAAAUGGAGAAAGAAGGGAGACCUCCGGAAAAUAAAAGAAGCCGGAAACCCGCUCACCCUGUGAAGAGGGAGAUCAACGAGGAGAUGAAGAACUUUGCAGAAAACACCAUGAAUGAACUCCUUGGCUGGUAUGGCUAUGAUAAAGUUGAAUUAAAAGACGGUGAAGAUAUUGAAUUCAGAAGCUACACUACGGAUGGAGAAAGCCGGCAACACAUUUCUGUUCUCAAAGAAAAUUCUUUGCCAAAACCAAAAUUACCGGAGGACAGUGUUAUUUCAUCUUACAAUAUAAGCACAGGCUACUCAGGCCUUGCCACUGGGAAUGGACUCAGUGACUCACCUGCUGGGUCAAAGGACCAUGGCAAUGUGCCUAUUAUUGUCCCUUUAAUCCCACCACCUUUCAUAAAGCCGCCAGCAGAAGAUGAUGUGUCAAAUGUACAAAUAAUGUGUGCCUGGUGCCAGAAAGUGGGGAUCAAGCGCUAUUCCCUGAGUAUGGGAAGCGAGGUGAAAAGCUUCUGCAGCGAGAAAUGCUUUGCGGCCUGCCGGAGAGCCUACUUCAAAAGAAACAAGGUGUGUGACUGGUGUAAACACAUAAGGCACACAAAAGAAUACCUGGAUUUUGGGGACGGGGAGAGAAGGCUUCAGUUCUGCAGUGCAAAAUGUCUCAAUCAAUACAAAAUGGACAUUUUCUACAAAGAGACACAGGCCAAUCUUCCAGCCGGGCUGUGCAGCACACUCCACCCUCACAUGGAAAGUAAAGCAGAAGGCACCGGGGUGCAGCUGCUCACGCCAGACUCUUGGAAUAUCCCGCUAACAGAUGCUCGGAGGAAAGCCCCUUCCCCCGUGACUGCAGCUGGCCAAAGCCAGGGCCCCGGCCCAUCCUCGUCCACCACCGUUUCUCCAUCUGACACUGCCAACUGCUCUGUCACUAAAAUCCCCACGCCAGUGCCCAAGUCCCUCCCCAUCAGCGAGACUCCGAGCAUCCCUCCCGUCUCGGUCCAGCCACCUGCUAGCAUCGGACCUCCACUGGGUGUCCCGCCUCGCAGCCCUCCCAUGGUGAUGACCAACCGCGGCCCAGUGCCCCUGCCCAUCUUCAUGGAGCAGCAAAUUAUCCAGCAGAUCCGCCCGCCCUUCAUCCGCGGACCACCGCACCACGCCUCCAACCCCAAUAGUCCCUUGUCCAACCCCAUGCUCCCGGGCAUUGGGGCCCCGCCCGGAGGCCCCAGGAACCUAGGCCCCACUUCCAGCCCCAUGCACCGGCCCAUGCUAUCGCCCCACAUCCACCCCCCAAGUACCCCUACCAUGCCUGGGAACCCCCCAGGGCUGCUGCCCCCGCCGCCCCCGGGCGCGCCCUUGCCCAGCCUUCCCUUCCCUCCGGUUAGCAUGAUGCCAAACGGCCCGAUGCCGGUUCCCCAGAUGAUGAACUUCGGGCUGCCUUCGCUGGCCCCGCUGGUGCCGCCCCCCACGCUGCUCGUGCCGUACCCAGUGAUAGUGCCCCUGCCGGUGCCCAUCCCUAUCCCUAUCCCCAUUCCCCAUGUGAACGAUUCCAAGCCCCCCAACGGAUUUUCCAGCAACGGGGAGAGCUUCGUUCCGAGCGCUCCGGGCGACUCAUCGGCGGCGGGAGGCAAGGCUGGUGGACGCUCCCUGUCCCCGCGGGACUCCAAGCAGGGCUCUUCCAAGUCAGCCGACUCGCCACCCGGAAGCUCCGGCCAGGCUCUGAGCCUGGCGCCCGCGGAGCGCGGUCGUGGGGAGGUGGUGGACCUGACCCGGCGCGCAGGCAGCCCCGCGGGUGCGGGAGGCCAGCCGGGCUUCGCGGGCGUGUUGCACGGCCCGCAGGACGGCGUCAUCGACCUGACCGUGGGCCACCGAGCCCGGCUGCACAACGUGAUACACCGUGCGCUGCACGCUCACGUCAAGGCGGAGCGCGAGCCGGGAGCCGCGGAGCGCAGGACCUGCGGCGGCUGCAGGGACGGCCACUGCAGCCCGCCCGCCGCCGGCGACCCCGGCCCGGGCGCCCCCGCGGGCCCCGAGGCCGCUGCCGCCUGCAACGUCAUCGUGAACGGCACCCGCAGCGCCCCGGCCGAGGCCAAGGGCGCGGAGCCCCCGCCGGAGCAGCCGCCGCCCCCAGCCCCUCCCAAAAAGCUACUGUCGUCCGAGGAGCCUGUGGUGAACGAGCUGGAGUCGGUCAAGGAGAACAACUGCGCUUCCAACUGCCACCUGGACGGGGAAGCGACCAAAAAACUGAUGGGGGAGGAAGCCCUGGCGGGGGGCGACAAGUCGGACCCGAACCUCAAUAACCCCGCGGACGAGGACCACGCCUAUGCUCUGCGGAUGCUGCCCAAGACCGGCUGCGUGAUCCAGCCUGUGCCAAAACCCGCGGAGAAGGCUGCCAUGACGCCGUGCGUCAUCUCCUCGCCCAUGCUCAGCGCUGGCCCUGAGGACCUGGAGCCUCCGCUCAAAAGGAGGUGCCUCCGAAUUAGAAACCAGAAUAAGUAAAAAAAUAAAAGGAACACUCGCUCCCAGGGUACAUUGCAUGGAGAGAGGGCGUGGAGCAAACCAUGUCAUGCCAUCCAGUGACACCAGCUGGUCAGCUCACCACCUCCCUCUGGCUAAAACUCAAGCAAAUAACACAGCUUCCGGUCAUUAAACAUCUUGGAGGAAGUGGCUCUCCCUGGUGGCCUCAAGGCCGGAGAAGCCAGCAGGUCUUGGACCCAUCAAGCCCGGGCCCACCAUUCCUGCCCACUUCAUCUAGAGUCUCCCCAGAAGAACUUAGGGAUUUCGCUGGUUUAAAAACAACAACAAAUAGCAAAACAAAACACCAACCCGCCACAAGGACCAAUGUAGGUAUCCUCGCCCCAUCUUCAAGGCUCUAUGGAUGAGGCCGGAGGAUGACAGGGACUGGAAAAUAAGAACCUUUUAUAUAUAUAUAUAAAUCUUUUUAAGAACUGCUGUGGUUUGCUGCUACGAUAAGAAUUGUGAUUUGCUUUUAUGGGUUAGGAACGGAACUGUUCACGUUUUGGUGGGGAGAGACGGGAUGGUGCUGGAGUUCUCAAUGCUUCCGAUUCAUCUCUGCCCAGCCCACGAUGCACUUUUAAAUGAAGAGGUAGAAUAUUUUAUCGGCUAAUAUACUUUUCAUGUUAUUUUUUACAAAGGCCACCUUUAUCCUUUUUGAUGCCAUAUUUUCAGUGUUACACUUUUAUGGCUUUUAAUUUUCAAUCUGCCAGAUGCAGGAAGCAGCAUGGAUAGUUUAUACUGUGGUUUUACGGAGACCGAAUGCCAAGAGAACUCGGUAAAUGUUUAUUCUUCUCAGCUUUCUCUUGACAUGCCCCUAAACAGCGCCCCAUUUGGGAACAGAGCAAGAGUGUUGAACUGAAGACCAAAAUGCCCUCAAGGUGUAAUAUAAUCUGAGGGGGAAUAUUUGCUGGGCGUCAGGAAAGACUGGAUGAAAUUUCAACCCUGAUGGUUUUCUGUGGUCCAGGAAGUCAGCGAGACAAUCUCUCUCUGCGCAGAGUCCUUUCAUGAUAAUUAGAAUGGUAUGGACAAGCCGAUGCAAACAAGAGAGAAAGUGAGAAAGAUCACCCCGGAUUCUGUUUCACUGUUUGCUUUCUCCUGUCAUGGUUAAGAGAAAUGUGCAAUUCGAUCCUCAAUCAGUGGGUGGAGGAUAACAGGGUAGAUUUACUUGUGUGCACUUGUACAGUUGUAGCUGCGAGUCCAGAAGUCCUCUAGAACAUGUGUACUGGCACUGAGUCGCUGAGACAGUCGUACAGUGCCCCAGUCUGAUGAGUACGGAAAAAAGAAAAGAAAACAAACAAACAAACAAAAAAAUCCAAAAAAAGAAGAAAACUUAAAAAAAAAAAAACCAAGUCAAAUCACCUUGUGAUUCAGUGUAUCUGUUUACUAACUCAAAUAAAAGCAAUUGUUCCCUCUGGAGGGGUCCAGGUGCCCCGCCCCUCCAGGCCACAGAGCCUCAGCAGGAGGGUGACAGACGCGGCGGGAGGGCAGGAGGGGCUUUACGGCUGCACUGGGGCCGCGGUCCGCGUGUACAGACUGUAUUUCUAUCUACGCCUUUGUACAGUCGAGUCAAGCUACUGUUUUACAGGCGCUUCUUAUUUAUUAGAGCCGUGGGAGCUUGGGGGGACACACCUGGCGAGCAAGCUCGCUUUUUAAACAUGAAAUUGGGGGGCAGGGGGAAGGGAGGCGGGAGGGAGGGGUUGCUCAUACGCCCAGGGAGAGAUUUAUAAAAGGGAACGAAAAAAAACAAAAAAACAAAAAACAAAACAAAAAAAAAAACUUCCAACAACAAACUAAACCAGCCUACAACCCACCACCAAGCCACGCCCUGCAGGAAGCAGCCGCCCCUCUGGGAACUCCUUUUCCUGCUGCGUCGGAAUUGUCAGACAAAUAAAUCUCUGAGAAACAUCAGCUGCGCACUUA